AUGGCCAAAACUGAACACACACAAACAAAAGUCUUUGAAGAAGUAGACAAGUACUUAGACGAGCAUGACAAUUUAUUGAAUUAUGAUUGCAUAUCAAAGCUACCUUAUCUCGAUGCUUGUAUUGACGAGACACUCCGGCUCUACCCAAGCUUGCCAAAUUUAACACGCGAAGUGAUGGAGGAUUACACUUUUCCGACAGGUCUUACUGUCGAGAAAGGUGUUCGUAUACAUCUAGCAGUUGGCCAUAUACAACGAAACGCUACAUAUUUUCCUGAACCAGAAAAAUAUCGUCCCGAAAGAUUUCUUCCAGAAGAAAAGCGUAAGAUGACGCCUUAUACAUACUUGUCUUUCGGGGAAGGCUUUAGGAUCUGCAUUGGUCAACGCUUCGCCAAAAUGCAAAUGAUGGCUGGAUUGGUGACGGUAUUCAAAAGUUACAAGGUGCAGCUAGCCGAGGGACAGCCCUCUACCUUAGUAUUUGAUCCACGAGUUGUAAUAAACCGACCUAGAAACGAUGUUUACCUGAAACUCAUUUCUCGAGAAAAUGAUCGUAGUUAUAAAAAAUUGUAG